UUUGGUUGGCUGUAUCUGUUGAAAGAGAUAAUAGUGGUGAAGUGUGUCAUGUCAUUGAAUAUACUUCCAAAUAAAUGUUUCUUGUUUUUUACAAGGGUUUUUCAAUUUGAAUGUAGACAUGCUAUUCCUUGUUUGCCUAAUAGUUGCUGUGAUUACUAGACAAUUCUCUGUUCCAGUUAAAAAGUACUCCUGUCUUGGCUUUUUAACUUCCUGAAAAAUGUAUUGAGGCUUCUGUUGGGUUUCUUUCUUUUCUGAAAGAAAAACAAGUUUAAGAUUUUUUUAUCUCCCUGGAUACGAACACUUCAUUUUUAAAAGGUUUCUUGUUUAUCUGUACUCGGUUGGGGCUGCAGUUUCUUGUUUCACUUCCUAUGGAAUUUUUACAGACUUACGUAAUUAAGAUUGGUUAACUUUAAAUGGAGUUCAUUCUCUGCUAAGUCUAAUCUACUAAGUACUUUUGGUUCCAUAAUGAAAUACUGGGCAGCCCCUUCAAGCAUAUUGGAUCUUUGUAAGUGAAUUCAGCAAUUUGAUUGGAACUUGACUGUCUCAAAUCGGAAGCAUUUGCUGAGAUCUCAUACGGUAAAUCAUUAUUUCAGAACCUGUAAUUCUCUUCUGCAGAACUUCUGUAUUUAAAAACUCAUCCAAUUAAGAUCAACAGCCAGUGAAACGGUGCUAAAAAUGGACUUCAGGAUAUGUUGGCUUCCUGUUUAAAACACAAAGAAGCCUUGUAAACUUAAAGGUGCACCAACUUGGGAUGACAAAUUGCCAAGUGCCAGCUGCCCUCAUUCACCAGAUUGAGCAAGAAUUGGAUGAAGAUGAAAAGGAGAUGAUGCUCUUCUUGUGCCGGGACUUCGUUCCUGAUCUACCGAGUGCAGACCUCCGAGAGCUUCUAGGGGCUUUGAAUGAGAGGGGAAAGCUGUCACGCCUUGGCUUGUCUGAGCUGUUAUACAGAGUUAAGAGAUUUGACUUGCUGAAGAGGUCCCUGAGGACUCAGAAAGCAGCAGUAGAAGCUGAUCUGGCCAGGUAUCCUAGAUUGGUCUCUGAUUACAGGGUGUUAAUGGUAGAGCUCAAUGAGCAGCUGGAUAAAAAAGAAGUGAAUUCUCUCAUUUUCCUGCUCAAGGAUUAUGUACCACGCAUGAAGAUGGCAAAAGACAAGAGUUUUCUGGCUGUUGUGAUUGAUCUGGAGAAACAAAAUAUGGUGGCCCCUAAUGAGCUGGAGCUGAUUGAAGAAUGUUUGCACAACAUUCACAGGAUAGACCUGAAGAAAAAGAUCCAAAAAUACAAACAGGAAGCUCUGAUGGCUCCCAGCAGUGCCCAGCCAAUGUAUAUAAAUGCACUUCAGGCAUCUCUUCCUAACCUGACUCUCGUGGACCCUCCAUAUUCUUCAGGGAUAUGGAAUAUGAACAAAGAGCACUCAUUAAAUGGACAGCAUGCCAUUCAAACAGCACCAGUCCAUGUGUCAAUACAGGAAUCAGGAAUAGCUUCACCUCAGGUGCCUGAUGAUCAGUACAGAAUGCAGAGUCAGCCUUUAGGAAUAUGUCUGAUUAUAGAUUGUAUUGGCAAUGACACAGAUACAUUAGAGAAGACCUUUCAAGAACUGGGUUAUGAAGUUCAUUGUUACAAAUAUUUAAGUGUGGAGGCCAUGAAUCAGACAUUGCAGGAUGCUGCAAAACUGCAAAAGCACAAAGACUAUGACAGCUUCAUUUGCAUAUUAGUCAGCCGGGGGAGCUCUCAGAGCAUCUUCUGUACGGACCAGCCCUUUCCUGGAUUCUCCUUGGACCGGGUGAAGCAGUUUUUUACUGCAGAUUCCUGCCCUAGUCUCCUAGGGAAACCAAAGCUCUUCUUUAUUCAGAGCUACAUUGUAACAGCAACCAAUCAUGAACCCACCAGUCUGCUGGAGAUCGAUGGUGAUGAACCGAAAAUCAAUUCUAAUGCCAAAAGGACUUGGAACUGUAUUCCCAAAGCAGCAGACAUCUUCUGGAGUCAAUGCAAAGUGGAUGUGUCUACACUAGAAAGGUCCCCAACCUCAUCCUCCUUUUAUUUACACUGCCUGGCUGAGAUCCUGCGAAAUCCUCAGAAAAGAAAACUCUCCUUACUGGAUAUCCAUAUUGAGCUGAACAGAAGAGUCUAUGAUCAGAAUAAGUUCUGUCACCCAACACAACAUUAUUCACUCCUGUUAUGGCACACCUUGAGGAAAAAACUCUUUCUUUCUCCAAGUUAAGAGCUAAUGGAACUUCCAUGGAAAGGUAGCAAAUCAGAGACACUGUUAAGAUAGGCGUAUGUCUGCCUGGGCUUUUAUGAUAUGCCUGUUGCGGUAGGAUCGGGGUAUCUAGAAACGUUUUGGAUGGUUCACCAGUGGAAGUUCUUAAUCACAUAGUUUAAGAAACACAAUCAAUAUUUAGUUCUAUAGCAGAUCUGAUAACCCAGUCAACAGGUAAACUGCGUCAAAAGGAUUCUUAAAAAAGCCACAUGUUUGUUUUUAGUUAUUUAUUUCAGUUUUCAAUUUAACAACAAGAUUUACUUUUUGAAACUUACCUACUAGAAGUGUCUGUCCAAAGCUCUGGGUGUUCCUGCUAAUAUUUAAAGGUGAGAAUCUGCUAAGCAAUCAAGAUUCACUACUGGCCACGUGUACAAUCCUAAGUCAUUCUUAGUCCAUAAUUGAAGUGGGGGAAAACACAUUUCCGAGUAAAGGGCUGUCAGAGAGGAUACUUCCUGAUAGCUCCAUCUCUUUUGUAGCAAAGGAGCUCCAGUGUUUCCAUUGAUCAUUGCAAGGUGACAUGAGUGAAAAACAAGUCUCUCAGAAAAUGUGAACUGAAAUCAUUUAAGUUGAAACCAAUACCUUGCCUUGUACCUAGAAGUCCCCAAACUAUCAAUAUAUCUCACAAACCACUAGUGCUCCUGCACAGUAGAUUGCCAUGUUCUGGACUAACUUUACCUUGUGAAUGACCCAAAAUAUGGUCUUAUAAUAAUUUGGUUACAUGGUGAUAAAGGCCUGGGUAAGGGUAGCACGGUCUGCAUCUGGAAAGUCAUACUCAGACGCAGUCUAUCCAGACAGAUGAAGAAAAGAGCUGUUUACCACAGCUGAGUCUGAGCAUCCAGCAGCAAUCCAAGGCCUGAUGACACCUGUUUAGCUGUGAAUGCCAGCUUGUAAAUAAAUUGCUCACUAUCCAUUAUGGAUGCUGAUUAUGAGUAGCAUAAUACCUCUGGCUUUUCCCUACUGUCCUAGCACUAAAACACUGUUAUCCAGAGUAAACCUUAGACAGGUACCUGAAAUCUUUAGCAAGAUACUAGAUUGCUUUUCCCCCUGCAGUAGGUGGCUCAUUCAUAAUGAUGACAUACAAGGUAUUAUCAACUUACUGCAGAUACUGUAAACACUUCAUAUGCACAUUCUCCACCCACCCCCCUUUUCACUAUUUUUUGCAUACAACAAACAAAUUGCAUUUAUAACCUCAUUGUAAUAGCUGUCUCUUUUUCCAUGAUGGAACAUAAAGAGCUUCAUUUGUAAAUGUAGCAGUUCUUUUCUUCUCUAUCGAAGCAGUUUUUAGAUGGUCAAAAGUUUUGAGAUGAUUUAUCUAGGUUUCAAUUCUAUGAAAGGCAGAUCAGCUGUACUACUCAAGUGACUACUCACUUGCGUAGCUCAGCUGAUCUACCUUUUGUAGGACUGAUACCUGGAUGAAACACCUUAAAACUUCUGUUACUAAACUGUAUUUCCAUCCAUAGCGUGGUUCCCCUUUUAAAAUAAGCUCUAUUGGAAACUAAUGUUUUUGGUGUAUCUUCCACCUAGAAAACAAUAUUAGGCCCUGACUUGACUAGAAAUUAUUUUCAUUAUACCAACAAUCCUCAUGCUGUGCAUGCAUUUUAUACCAAUAUAAAACUCCUUGGGCUGGCAAAAUUUACUAUUGGAUCCAUAAGCAAAAUAAACUACAGAAGAACUUUUUUGCUGGUAACAUGACAUUUAAGCUACAACAAGAAACGCACCCCUCGCUUGCAUAGCUACACUGGCAAAAUUUUUGGUGUAGACCAGGUCUGCAAAAGCUGCUAGAGGCAAAAUGCUGCUGAGAGUAAUGUGUUGACCAAUAAUCUUGUAUAAACAAGUCAUUAUUUUGUUUCCCAGUUCCAACUUCCUUGGCUUGACUUUCUCUCACAGCCAGACUGUUUUGUCAUUUUCCUCCAAAAGAAUCAAUAUUAUCUUUGAAUGGAGCCUGUAGCUCAAACAAGUAAAUUUUAAAAUUUGUCCAAUCAAGAAAAAUAUGCUUGAUACUGAAGAACCAAGCAUGAACUCAAAAAAGGAACCAAGAUGCCUUGAAGAGCUAUAUAUUUAUUUAUAUUUAUAUAUUAUUUUGUAUAAUAUUGAUAUAUGCAUUCAUACAAUACAUUCUUUUUUUACACAUCCACUUUUUUAAAAUACCUUUUUGUUCAGUCUUCA